GGCUUGGGGGGGAACGACUCCGGGGGCGGGGUUAGUGGACAGCCUCGUGGCAGUCUCGAGACUCUGCUGCCCAGCAGGAAGGUGUCAUGUCUGCAGGUUUCCAACCUAAGCCGUUCCAUGAUUCCUGCCUUCUCCACGCCUGUCUGAAGGUCACCCUGUCAGGGUCCCAUUUUUCGACGUGCCUUUUUGAAUGCCUCUGCAAUAAAGAUGUCUCACCACAUGAUGAACAGCUCCACGUUGCCGACCACACAUCCUGAACAUCACCAUUCCACAGCGUCUCCGGGAGGUGGUCAUGGAUCUGGGAUGAUGAUGAUGGCGAUGACUUUCCACUUCAGCUACGAGAAUGUGCCCUUGCUGUUUUCUGGUCUUACAAUCAAUACUCCUGGAGAAAUGGCUGGUGCUUUUGUGGCCGUCUUCUUCCUAGCCAUGUUCUAUGAAGGCCUUAAGAUUGCCCGGGAGUGUCUGCUCCGCAAAUCCCAGGUCAGCAUUCGCUACAACUCCAUGCCAGUGCCAGGUCCCAAUGGCACCAUCCUGAUGGAGACGCACAAAACUGUUGGGCAGCAGAUGCUGAGCUUCCCUCACCUCCUACAGACUGUACUACACAUCAUUCAAGUCGUGGUCAGUUACUUUCUUAUGCUGAUCUUCAUGACGUACAACGGAUACCUCUGCAUAGCUGUGGCAGCAGGGGCAGGGAUGGGUUAUUUCUUCUUCAGUUGGAAAAAGGCAGUUGUUGUGGAUAUCACUGAGCACUGCCAUUAAUACUGGAACUGCCCAGAAGCUCCUCCAUCCCACUGCUCUCUUAAAAUGCAGCCAUCAUGAAGACUGGAUCAUCCUAAGCUGAAAGAAAAGACAUAACAAACGUCUGCUGGAGUUCACCACAGGUUCCUAGCUGGGGUGCAGGGAUGUGAGAAACUGGGAUAUGCAAGACCCCCAUGCUGCACGUGGGCAGCUCAGGAGUCCCACAUUAGCUGUCCUUGGCUAGGAUUUGCUUUAGUCUCAGAUUAUGCCAUGGCAGAAAUGUAGAGUUUAUUCUUUUUUUUUUUUUCUUUUUUUUUAAAAAAAGAAACAUUUUAUUCUAAAUUGUAAAUGCUUGUCUGUGAGGAUUUUAUGAACAAUAGUUAAAAAUGGGCAUCACCAAUGGAGCCAAUGUGUGCAAAUGGCUAUUUUGUAGCCUAGUUUAAUAUUACAUAUUAAUAAUAUAAUAAUAUAUAAUAUUAGUUUAAUAUGUACACAGUGCCAGUGGAGAUCUCCCUGCCAUUGUGGCUUUUGGGGCCAAUGACACCUUCUAACACAGAGGUUUGCAGAGGAAGACGUGCUGCUCAUCAGACACACUCAGGUCUGUUCCAGCGAGUGAGAACUUGGACAGAAGUAUGUGAGCCCUGUGCUCUGGGGGGUCGAGAUGAGUCUGUCCUCCAAGCCCACCACAGUAUGAAUGUUGCUAGAUUUCAGAUGCAUUUUACUCAGUGGUUUUACUCAGCUUCAAGUGCUAACAUUUCAGUUUGGCUGCUUUCACAUCUGAAUCGUUGCAAUGUAUGGGGUAGGUGCAGGACAAAAAUUGCAUAUUUACAGGGCAAGAAGAUUUUAAAUAGACCAAUGAACCUGUAUUAACUUCAGGUUCGGUUGCACCUGGAUGUGUCUAGAGCUAGACUUCUAGCUUACUAAUACUAAUUCUGUAAAUGAAGCAAGAGAUAAAUAUUAAUUUAAUUACACUAAAAGCUAAAAUGUCAUAACAGGGUGUUUCUUGAGUAAAAUGAGUGAAAUAAAAUAACUGUGUUCCUGUAAGAGAGAAAUUUGGGGAAGAAAGAAACAUUGGGACUACAGCAGUCCUUUGUUAAUUCAGUUAAUUUGGAGUUGCUCGGGCUGAUUUUAAAAAAAAUUAAUGUCAAAAGUAAAUGACUCCUUAGUAAUCAUGCUGUGACUUUGUUAGCUCGGAGGUGCAAGAGUUGACAGUACCAAUGGUGGGCACUUGUAGUAGCACAGUCAAGAACUUUCCGUUCAGGCUGUGAGCUUUAUACACAUUUCACAGGCAAACCAGGGUAACUUUCUGGAUGGAUGAGGCCCAGAAAUUGCUUUGGGAGCAGUUUUGUUUUAGCACUUAGUUGUUAAACUGCUCGUGUUGCAGAAAGUUAGAGUACAGUGCAAAGCAGAAGACUCUUCUGUCCAGGAUUCCCAAUUUCUGCCUGUAAAUGGCAGAAAAGGGGGAUACUGGUAUUUUUUAGAUGGCUAAGGCAAAACAGGCACCACUUGGACUGAUAACUAGGAUGUGCCAUGUGAGAACAGGAAAUCCUUUUAAGUGUCUGGGCACGCGCAGUAGCAGUUCUUUUCUCUGAAGGUGCUACUAGUCACACUGUUAACAGCAGCAGAGUAAGGAAAGCUGACCUUUGUGAAGAGGGGUUUAGGCUCCUUUAGCCUGUGUGCCUUAUGCAGCCAGGCCCAGCCUUCUGUCUGUGCUGCUCCUGCUGCCACCAGUGGAGCCUAAUUUCUUUGCAAGGCAGCAGGAAAUCUGUGGCUGCUGCUGCUGGGCAUCCUGCUCAGUUCUUGAAUUGCACCACCUCAAGUUAGCCUUCCUGUGGGUGGCCCCAGGCAUUUAAUUGUCUGCCUUGUUUUCUUUGGGCAGUGCAAAUACUGAACAAAGGAGAAGAAUUAAAAGCAAGCUCAGCUUUAUAGUUUCUUUCUGUAGCAAAUUUGCAUCUGAUUGAAAGAAGCUUUCACAGAAAAGUUCUGGACACCUCCUGACAAAUAGGAAAAGCUCUUCCAGAUCUCUGGAGGGAGUUAUGUAUAGAGCAGGCCACAGAAGGACAUAGGUAGACCAUAGGAUGCUCUUUUUUCUGCAUCUGUCACAAAGGAAAAAACUGAGUCUCUAAGCAAUCCUAUUUCUCUGUGAGAGUGGAAUACAGGCUCUUCAAUCUCAGUGUGUGAGCUGCGAGGACAUCUUAGUGCCUGUGAGUGAAACACAGCAGGGUGUUGGAGUUGGCUGUGUUCUGAAAGAGGGAGAGACCUGUCCUGUAGAGACCUCAUCUCUGGUUUGAGUUCAGAGCUGAUGUUCUCAGCACCAGUCUGUGGUUUUCCUUGAACAAGCUGUUGCUGUUGCAGGGAUGUGUGACUGUAGUGUGUCAUGUACCUCUUCCUAUAUCAUUCUCUAAAAUAAAACUUAUGCUUGACUUGAUCUUGCUAUCAGUGAAGCUUUUUAGCCACCUUUCCUUUUGCAUUCAAGUGUCCAGACUUGAAUUCUCUGAUUAUUCCAAUCAGAGAAGGAUAAAUUGGGGACUAUGCAAUAGCUGUGGCUUUUACAAUAGAAGUUCAAUUCUGCUAGCUUUUCUGCAUCAUUGUACAUGCAUCCUCCCUUGAAAUCAUCUCUCUCUUGAUGAGUAACUGUUGACAAUCCAGAAAAGCCAUGUACCUCCCUGCACCCCAGCCUCCCUCAGGCCCACCAGAUGCCACCAGCUGCUCUGUUGGCCCAGCCUGCUGUUUGCUUCCCCAAACUGAGCAAAACCUGGCCACCCUGAUGAUGACUUGCACUGACUGCGUUUGAUGCAGUCCUGGCCUUUAUGCUGGCUGUAUUUAAAGCUGUCCUGUUGUUAACACUAAACUUGUGUUGAGUGGUGCUUGGAGGGAGAUGAGGACUCUAAUGAUUAUUAGAACCGAGUAAAUUCUAUUUGUAUGCCAAUAUAUGUAGCAUGCUUAGAAUGUGAUUCCCAUGUCUGUCUCUGCGUGCACCCUGAUGUUUUGUCCUGACACGCUGUGCCUCUGGAUUACCAGCUUGGAAGAAAUGCACAGGGUAUCCAGGCUGUGUUCAUCUGUGGGCUUCUGUUGUUUUUCUCCCAGUGCCUUCUCAGUUGAUCUGGAGCUAGUCCCAACAGAUCCAAAAGGAUGGAUAGUUUUGUUUACAGUGGUCUGUCACUUUUGAUUUUACUCUUGCUCUUUGUGAAGGUAACUUGUCUAGUAACAUAUCAAAGAUCUCCUGUAUAUAAUUAACUAAUAAAAUAGAUUGCAUUUUA